AGUACCCACCCACAUUCAAUUUCAUUUUACCAUUACUUAUCUUCCUCUCUCAGCUCCCUCUCUUUUAGUACGGUUUUCGUUCUGUUUCUUCUCUUCUCUCCUUUUUUGGAUUUCCGUUUCCACUUCCGUUACCGUUUCCUCUCUCUCUCUCGCCAGAAUCAAUUCAAUCCUCCACCGUCCAUUUAAUUUCCUUCCGUUUCCUUUUUUUUCCCAAAAAUAAAAAACAAAAACAAAUAAUUUUUUUGUUUCUUUUAAACUUAACACACACAGACAGAAACAAACCCCUCCCCCGAUUUCGCCCCUAGAAAAAGAAAAUUCUUCACCUAUUUUUCUAUUAAUAUAAAUUAACAACAAAGAAAAUCUUUCUCCUUUUUUAAUUAUAUUUUUCUCUUGUUCUUCGUUUUUGGUUUGUGCUGUGAAAAAAUGGCGACGAGUAUAGGGAUAAUGGAUAGCGCUUACUUUGUCGGUAGAAAUGAGAUUCUGACUUGGAUCAAUAAUCGUCUUCAACUCAAUCUCUCUCGCAUUGAGGAGGCUGCAUCUGGUGCUGUGCAAUGCCAGAUGAUUGACAUGACGUAUCCCGGGGUAGUGCCGAUGCACAAGGUGAACUUUGAUGCCAAGACAGAGUAUGAUAUGAUCCAAAAUUAUAAAGUUCUACAGGAAGUGUUCAACAAGUUGAAAAUUGAGAAGCAUAUUGAAGUUAGCAGGCUUAUUAAAGGCCGACCUUUGGACAACUUGGAGUUCCUUCAAUGGCUGAAACGUUACUGUGAUUCUGUUAAUGGUGGCAUUAUGAAUGAGAACUAUAAUCCUGUGGAGCGCAGGGUUAAGGGUGGAAAGGACCGAAAUCACAAGGGUUUAAGGAGCUCAAAGUCACUUCAAUCGAAUACAAUGAAUUAUUCUAGUUCAGGCGAUGCAUUUAGUCUAAAUAGAACCUCAGGACCUAAGCCUUCAAGGUCAAGUGGCGGAUCAGAUGGGGCACAUUCGGCAGCAGAGAUUCAGGCAUUGUCCAAGCAGGUUACUGAUCUCAAACUCUCGGUGGAUCUUCUGGAAAAAGAAAGAGACUUUUACUUUUCAAAACUACGGGAUAUAGAAAUUCUUUGUCAGGCAUCAGAACUGGAGAAUGAACCUAUAUCGGUAGCAAUUAAGAAGAUUUUGUAUGCUGCUGAUGCAAAAGAGUCAGCAUUAGAUGAAGCUCAGGCUUACAUUAAUGAAACAUUGGAUGCUGUUGAAGAUGAACCAGAAACUGAAACAUGAUCUUUCAUUCCUGACUGGUUUCAUAAGAGAUUUCCAGGGACUUUGUUAAACGAGCUUAGUGCCAACUGCGAUGUGAGACUGGGAAUCCUUCCCAUCCAAUGGCCAGAAAGUGUCAUUUAAACAGAUAGAUUUAACUGUUUUUUCAUUGUUGUAAACUUGGAUGGAUAAUCAGUGGAUAUUAGUUAAUCUUUCAAUAAACAGAAGUUCAUUUCAUGGUCUA